UAACAUUGAUUUUAACAAGAACUUAUAGAUUUGUAAAAGAAAACUGAUAUAAGUAUCAGAACAAAUUUGUCACAUGUAAACAAAAAUGCCACGUAAUCCUUUAAAGAAUAAACCUCCAAGUGACCGAGCUAUUCGAUAUAAAUGCUCUCUACAGAAUACAAUAUUAGAUGUAUUGAGAGAAAGACCAGGAUGGCAAGAGUCUACAGGAGAAAUGGACUGGGAUUUUUACUGGUGUGAUGCCUGGUGGAUGAAAGAAACCUUUGAUCAUGCGUAUUUAGAGGAACAUAUGAGACUGAAUCAUUUUAGAAAUCAUUAUGAGCUAACCAGGAAAAAUUUAAUGGUAAAGAAUUUGAAAAGAUUACGGAGACAGUUAGAAAGGGAAUCAGGAAAACUUGAGGCUCAAAAAUGUGAUUUUUUCCCAUCAACAUAUGAACUUCCAUCUGAGUAUCACAUUUUCGUAGAUGAAUUCCGUAAAAAUCCAGGAUCAGUUUGGAUAAUGAAACCUAUAGCUAAAUCUCAAGGAAAGGGAAUUUUUCUCUUUAAGAGAUUGAAAGAUAUAACAGAUUGGAAGAAGGGUACAGAAUAUUUACCGAGUUCUGAUCCGAACAGAGAAACACCAGAGACCUAUGUUGUACAGAGAUACAUAGAAAAUCCUUAUUUAAUUGGUGGUAGAAAAUUUGAUAUUAGAGUAUAUUGUUUAAUUACUUCAUAUGGUCCACUAAAAGUCUGGUUAUAUAGGAAUGGUUUUGCUCGAUUUUCUAACACAAGAUUUUCCCUGGAGUCUAUUGAUGACAACUAUGUCCAUCUAACCAAUGUAGCAAUACAGAAAACAGCUCCAGAUUAUGAUCCAGAGAAAGGCUGUAAAUGGUCUACACAACAAUUACGCAAAUAUUUAACAGCAAAACACGGUCAGGAACAGGUAAAUAAUUUAUUUCAUAGAAUGAAUGAGGUAUUUAUCUUGAGUUUACAAAGUGUUCAGAAGAUUAUGAUUAAUGAUAAACAUUGUUUUGAACUGUAUGGUUAUGAUAUUUUAAUAGAUAAUAACCUCAAACCAUGGUUGAUAGAAAUUAAUGCCUCGCCAUCUUUAACAGCUAGUAGUAAAGAAGAUAAUGAAUUAAAAUGUGGAUUAUUAAAUGAUGUAUUAAAUAUAAUAGAUAUGGAAAAUAGAUUAACUGGUAAAGAGAAAAGAAUUGGAGGAUUUGAUCUGUUAUGGGAUGAUGGACCAGUUUAUUUAGAAGAUGCAAUAACUUCAGAUUCUAUCAAUAAUUAUGGUACAGCUAUGAACUCUUUUCUAGGUUGUAAUAAUGAUAGAAGGGAAAAUUUAAAACAAGUUUAUCAAUCAGCACAAAUGGUGAAAAAAGCAACAUUAUAAAUCAACUACAGCAAUUAAAAAUAUAAAUAUUUUAAAGGUCAACAGAAUUUGACUAUAGGAAUUUCUUUAGUCUACAAAUCAAUUUGGUUUCAGCUGCUCUUUUUAACUUUAUCAAACUUAAGAAUGUUUCUACAUAGGCAAAACUGAUGUUUGGGUAUGAUUUAAAACAAAGAGGCGUAGCCCAAUAUACUUGUAUUUAACAAGCACAACAAGCAUGGCUUAUGGUUUAUUUACUAGUUUUGCCUCUAAACAAAAAUGACAAAGUUUAUGUUUUGGACCACCCCAAAUGUGCACAAAUAUUUUUAUCUGAUAUAUACCAGUGAAUGUUAUUAUUGAUUAUUGUUAUAAUUAUUAAUAAAUUGUUAAUGUUU